CCCGGUGGUGUUGUCAAUCACCCGGAGGCCGCUCCUCUUCGUGCUCUCUUUGAAGGAGCGGAGCCAGGCCCAAACAGCGGUCUGGAUUAACGGAGCAGCCGGCCGGGGGCCUCACACACCCUGGCCCUGGAACCAGCAAGGAUAUGGCUGAAGAGAAAUCCCACGCUGCCCCUAGGUUUCUGUUUCCCUUUAAACCCUACUCCAUUCAGGAAGAAUUUAUGACUGCACUGUACAAUGUGCUUGAAGGAGGGAAGAUUGGAAUAUUUGAGAGUCCUACUGGAACGGGGAAGUCACUGAGUCUCAUCUGCGGAGCACUCACUUGGCUCAGAGACUUUGAGGAGAAGAAAAAACUGGAAGCAGCUCAGCUUUUGGAAGACCGUGCACCACAGCAAGGGCUAUCCCAGGAUCUCCAGAAUUCCUCAGGUGUUGACUGCAAGGGGUCAGAAGCCAAGGCCUCAGGGGGUGAAUUAGACUGGAUCACUGAAUUUGUGCAGAAGAAGGCUGAGCGGGAUCUGGUCGAUAAGCUGAAGGAUGAAGAAUUAAAAAGAAAGAGAAGAGAAGAACGAUUGGAACAAACACGUAAUAAUGUGCAGCUUAAAUAUGCUUUGAAACGCAAGCGAGAUGAAGAUGAUACUGAACACCUCAUUCAGAUGAGUAAAGAAGUGGUGACUCCUGGACAGGCGUCGAGCACAGAGACUGUGGACGGGGAGGACGAGAGCUUUGUUCUGGCAGAUUAUGAGAGUGAAGAUGAAAAGAAACCAAAGGAUUCUAGCUUGUCUGACGAGGAUGAUUUGGAGGAAGAGCAUGUAACAAAGAUCUAUUACUGUAGCCGUACGCACUCCCAGCUCGCUCAGUUCAUACACGAGGUUCAGAAAAGUCCUUUUGGCAAAGAGAUCAGGCUGGUGUCGCUUGGCUCUCGGCAGAACAUGUGUGUAAAUGAUGAUGUGAGGCAUCUCCGGUCGGUCCAGAUGAUCAAUGAUAGGUGCCUGGAAAUGCAGAAGAACAAACGUGCCGACAGAAAGCCCAGUGGGACUGAGGAGAGUCCGAAUCGGAAACGCAAGAGUCGAGUGACUUGCCCAUUCUACAGCUACGAGCAGAUGCAGUUCCUGCGUGAUGAGUUGCUGGUGGAGGUGAAGGACAUUGAACAGCUGGUAUUGCUGGGGAAGGAGAUGAAGGCAUGUCCAUACUAUGCCAGCCGUUACGCCAUUCCACCAGCCCAGCUAGUGGUGAUGCCAUACCAGACGCUGCUGCACAGCUCAACCAGGCAGGCAUCCGGCAUCAAACUGAAGGGGCAGGUAUUGGUGAUUGACGAGGCGCACAACCUGAUCGAUACUAUCACUGGCAUUCACAGCUACAAAGUGACAGGGUCACAGUUGUGUUGCGCUCACUCACAGCUCUCACAGUACAUGGAGCGGUACAGAAACAGACUGAAAGCCAAAAACCUGAUGUACAUCAAACAGAUCCUUUACAUCCUCGUUAAUCUUCUCCAGGUGUUAGGAGGAAAGGUUGGACAAAAUCCUAACACACAGAAGAUUUUUCAAGGAGGAACUGAGUUACAGUCCAUCAAUGAUUUUCUCUUCCGUGCACAGUUUGACAACAUUAACCUGUUCAAAGUGCAGCGUUACUAUGUGAAGAGUAUGCUCAGUCGAAAGCUCUUUGGGUUUGUGGAGAAGUACCAAGUUUUAGCCUCAAAAUCAAAUGACACGGAGAAUCAGAAAGGAUCCAAGACAGCAGCUCUUGAGAAUUUUCUUCAGAAGCUCAAUGAGAAAUCUGCUGGACAAGUUACACCCCAUGAGCAUGGGGAGGACCUGGAGAAGGAGCAGCCUGUCAUGGCAUCACCCAUGAUGCAGGUUGAGGGGUUUCUCUUUGCCCUGACGAGCACUAACAAGGAUGGGCGAGUGGUCAUUCAGAGACAAGGUACCGUGUCCCAGAGCAGCAUGAAGUUCCUACUGCUGAAUCCGGCAGUCCACUUUGCUGAGGUAGUGAAGGAGUGUCGAGCAGUGGUCAUCGCUGGAGGCACAAUGCAGCCAGUAGAAGACUUCAAAGACCAGCUGCUGUUAGCAUCGGGGGUCUCUGCAGACAGACUGGCUGAGUUUUCAUGUGGCCAUGUGAUUCCGCCAGAAAAUAUUUUGCCCAUAAUCGUCUGUAGUGGUCCCUCCGGGCAACAGCUUGAAUUCACCUAUCAGAAGAGAGAUAAGCCACAACUGCUGGAUGAAUGUGGCCGAGUGCUGGUCAAUCUGUGUAAGGUGGUCCCUGGUGGCAUUGUGUGCUUCUUUCCAUCAUACGACUAUGAAAAACAGGUGUACACACACUGGGAAAAGACUGGUCUCCUGGCACAGCUGGAAGCCAAGAAAAAGAUUUUCCAGGAGCCUAAAAAGGCCAGUCAAGUGGAACAGGUGCUCUCUGAGUACUCUAGAUGUAUCCAGCAUUCGAACCAAUUGCCAGGCCUGGUCACUGGGGGUCUGCUCUUCUCUGUGGUUGGGGGAAAGAUGAGCGAAGGCAUCAACUUCUCAGAUGACCUAGGCAGGUGUGUGGUAAUGGUCGGAAUGCCGUUUCCCAAUGUGAACUCGCCGGAGCUGCAGGAGAAGAUGGCUUAUCUGGAUAAGAUCCUGCCAAAAACUGAUGGGAAGAAUCCAGGAAAACUACUUGUGGAAAACCUCUGCAUGAAAGCUGUCAACCAGUCUAUAGGGCGAGCCAUCCGCCACCGGGAGGACUAUGCUACUAUUGUGCUUUUGGAUCAUCGCUACACCCGGCCCAACAUUCUUAGCAAGUUGCCAACUUGGAUUAGAGGACGAACACAAGUAGAAGCUUCUUUUGGACCCACCCUUAAAGCCAUUGGAAAGUUCUUCAGAGACAAGAAGACCUCUGGAGAUGUCGAGUAGCUGAAGGAGACUAUUGCUGUGUUAAUAACAGUCUUACUCCUGAAUUUCAGCUGCUUCAAACCAUUCCUUCAGUUACAUAGCCCUUUUCCCAGUUGUAUAAAAAUGAAAUAAAGUUGAUUCUAAUCCUU